CUUGUAAGAGUGUUUUUCGAUGGUGUUCUUCGGUUGUUUCUGCGUCUGUGAUCCGUGUUGGCUUUAGUAGCAGUGACAGGACUUUUAAUCGAAUGGAACUCCAGGCUCAUGUGCACACACAUAGGAAAUACAAGACAAAUAUACAGUCAGUAAGCUGUCGAAUUGGGUACAUGCCCAUGCAGUCCUUUUCGAGAUAUAUAAUCCUGGUGCUGACGUUGGCAGUGUGCGGUUUUCUUGCUGUUCGCUCUACGCAUUCGGAUAAAGCCGUCACCCGAGUCCUACAAAGUAACGGUAGGAAUGAGCAGCGCCCCGACGCCCUCGGUCUCCGGAAGGCGGCGCCCUCCCUCAGGAGGAAACAGGCGGAAAUAAACAAUAUCGACAAGAUGAUGGGUAUACCUAUUCUGAUGAUGAUAUACACAUAUGAUGCCACAGUUAUCCAAAGGUCCAUUGAAAGUGUGUUGGAUGUGACAUCUGGCAGCCGUAUGCACCUUAUUGUUUCAAUGCGUGAUCCAAGUGCAGAAAUUCUAAGCCUACUUCGGGAGUAUCCAGUCACUCUCCAUACCACCAGAUCAUCGUCCGGUCCUUUUCACCCUAACAUCAGUAGAAGUUCCAUAUUACAAAGUGUGAAGUACAUCUUUGGAAUUCACUAUGCUAAUUACAUGUGUGUGAGAGACACCAUAAGCCCAGAAUAUAAGUUCUUACAUACUACAGGUAACAUUACGGAGACCACGACUAACCGACUUGAUCUGCAAGACAUGUAUAAGUAUCGUGAAGUUCCUUUUAUGGAGAAUCCCUAUAGUCCAACAUUUCGUAAGGCAGUCCUUAACGACCAGCGUGAACAUCAUCAGACAUCAGGCAUAUAUAAUUUUCGGAAGAAAGUUGAAAAUGUGGGCGACGAGUUCUGGGUGGCAGGGAAGAGAGAUAAGGACACCGCGACAUGUAAUAAAUGUAAUGAAUUGAAGGAAGCACUCGCAUAUGUACUCGAUUCUUUCCCAUCAGCUCAGCAUAUGCUUCUACUGGCUGCUGGCUACACGCUUUCACCGGAUUUUAUUAGCUACUUCAGUCAGACAAUAGAGGUUCUACGGGAAGAUGCAACUCUGUAUUGCGUCUCGGCCUACAGUCCCUUAGCCUCCAUUGCGACUUCCGGAGACACAAAGAAAGUUUACCGCGUGGAUCAGUUUCUGGGGAAAGGAUCUCUUAUAGAAAGAAGCCUCGCCGAGGAGAUCCUGAAAGACUUCAUCAUAUUUGAGAGAACGCUACAAACUGAGGACAAGACGCCUCUUGACUAUCUUGAAACGUGGUUAUCCUGGUGGAGCAGACGCAGAAGAAGAGGCUGCGUGGUGCCUGACGUGCCGCGAGCGUGCCCCCUGGCGUCGCCCCCACGGAGAGCCGACGGAGACGGCGCACCUGGACCGGCCCAGAGAACGGCUUGUUCCCUAGGGGAAGGCGUCAGGCUUGUGAAUGUAUCAAGUGUUUCGGCCUGGAUCUGCCAGCAGCGACUGGAUACUUUGAGGGCGUUUUUCGGUUUUCGUAUCGUGGAGCUCAUGUACUGGUCAUGGCCAUUCCGUACUCUCGUUUCUCCCCCGCCUUGAAGAACACGAAGGCACUGAUGAUGGCGGAGAUUCCUGGGCAGAUGGUGAAAGGAAGAACGCAGUACUACCAACACCAACAAGCUAAUUUCACAUUUCAAAGGGUACCUGUGCGCCAAGUAGUUGAUUAGUCAAUCACACACUUGACCAUACGUUAGUUUAAACAUGAACAUGUUCUGUUACUUUCCCUAAAGACCUUGAUUUUUCAUUUUUUGUGAUAAUACAUACAUUGCAUUGGA